AUAGAGACAGUUUAAAGAGAAUGAAAGCCACCAGAUCUGGGCAGGCAGCUACAAACCUCAAUACUUGGAGAUAUGCGGAAUUGAUGGAAUUUUUACUUCCAUAUAUGAAAAAUCGUAGUAGGUCUACCAAUUUAAAUUCUUUAGAUAUACGACCAUCGGCAACACCUGAAAAAUCCAUAGCGCAAGAUGACGAAGAUACUAAUAAUUCAGAAAUAUCUGUAGUUCCAACAAACGAUACAAUCAAUAAUACGGAAGCUAGUGCACCACAAGGAGGUAAAACUCAGACAAGGAAGCGGACCGCAGAUGGAGAUUUUAUAGAAUUACUGAAAGAAAUGGAGGAAAAUCACCAAAAAAGACAAGAAGAAAGAGAUUUAAGACGCACAAUGACAAAAACACAAGAAAAAGGUGCCAUUGAUUUGUAUUUAGAAAGUAUGGCGAUCACCAUUAAGACGAUGCCUAUGUGGAUGCAAAAUCGCGUUAAGAAAAAAAUAUUUCUAAUCGUAAGUGACGCCGAGGAAGAACUAGAAAAUUAUAGUACUUGUGUUACACCAGACUCAGUAAACAAUACCUUACCGACAGCAGCAGCAUUAUCACGUUCUGCUAAUUACGGACACACUACGUCGAGAGACCCUGUAAAUAAUAACUUGCCAGCAGCAGUAGCAGGAUCAUCACGUUCUGCCAAUUACGUAUACACACUACCGGAAGCAGCCGCUCCACAUUCUAAUAAUACGACAUACCACGGCUACAGUAGCUCGGGAAGAUUUGAGCCAUCCCCGUUACAUGAUUAUGAUAACUAAGCAUAAUGUUCUUUUUCAUAAUUUUACUGAUUUGUUUUAUUUCUGAGUAAACUCUAAAAUUUACAAAACCUAUUAACAAUGUUUUAUUUCUUACCUGAGGCACACAGCUAGCUUUUCUUGAGGUGAAAUAGCUUUCCUGAAGUUGGUGUUUUGUUUCAAAAUAUCGGUCGAUAUUUUGAAAACAAAUGACAAAAGUUCUUGAAAUUGUUCUCUAUUAACCCUGUAAUAAUUCUUAAAUUUUUCCGGCUUGAGCGUUGAGCGUUGCGGCUUGGGCUUGAGCGUUAAAAUAGGCCAAAAAUACGUUUUAUGCAUAGGUAAAGUCAAUUCUCUGAGAAAGUUUGAGAAUUCCGAGAUUUUUAUUGUUUUUUGUUUCGAAAAACAAAAAACAUCGUUCGUCACUCGCGCGGCGGGAGUGUAUUGUGAAAGACCGAAAAGAGAAUUGUACAAAGGUCAUGGCCCAUAAUCCGACCGAACGAAAAUGGUGGUAAAUAAUGCCGGUAUAACCCACUUUUCAUUAUAGGUAAAAAUAAAAAAAAUAUUUAAUGGAGAGAUCAUUCAGAAGACCCCUAAAAAUUGGAUAAUAAUUAGCUGCACAAGCGGUUUCGCCCGUCUGUAAAUUAUUUUAUCCCAUGGAAACAUGUCAUUAGGAUAAAAAGUAUAGGUACUAUGUCGGUCUUUAAAUCUAAUAUGUAUAUCUCUACACUACAAUUUAAUCAAAAUCGGUUCAGUGGUUUCGACUUGAAAAUGAAACAAACAGACUUACUUUGCUCUUGUUUUGUUAAAUAAAAAUAUGAUCAUCAUAAAGCAAACAACGACUUUGCUACGGUCAGAUAAAUAACACGUAUAUUGCUGUCUCUGUCUUACAGUUACUGUUCACCAUCAUGAUCCCCAUCAGCCACAAAAAUGCGCCAGUUACCAUUGAAAAGUACAAUCAUUUGUCUUUGAUACCCGCCAUAUUUCAUUUCUGUACGCCGUAGGUAUAUUUUUCAGGGUACGUAUCAAAAUCCCGAAUUUUAAAAUACCGAUAGACGAAAUCCCGAUAAUUGAAACGCCGAAUGGUUGUUUGGCCGAAAGUUUUCAAUCCCGAAAGUUCAUUUGCCCGAAAGUUUAAAAUCCCGAAGUUUAAAAUCCCGAAGUACAAAAUCCCGAAAUAGGCAUGUUCACUAAUUUUAGAAAUAGCUUUUAAUUUAUAAAUAGAGCUUAAAUAAACACGAAAAAUAUAUUUUUGAGAAAAAAAUAUCACUAACUUCAAUAAAAAAACAAUUAAAAAAAUAUUUUUCAAAAAUUGCCGCCGAAAUGCUCCCAAACAGUCACGUGAUAAAUAUCUACGUCACCGGCCGAUAAACAAAGCUCGCGUUCUAUGAGAGUCCACUGUUUUUUACUGAAAUAUUGUUGAUACAAACUGUAAUAAUGACCUCGUUUUACAAAACAUGUGCAGUGCCAAUGUGCAAGAGUACGUCAAUAACAACACCACAGAAACUUUUCAUAUACGUUCCAAAAAA